AUGGUGCGGCGAGCUCGUCUUUGUCGAGCGAGGACGUGUGGCUUGCAGAGGGCCGUGCCUGCGGGUCUUGCUCACCCGGCUCGUUCGGCACUUCACGUAGCUUCGUUUGCACCAUCUCGUGGCGACAACCGAGUGUCGCGCGCUGCCCUUGGCAUCAUCCGCAGGCACAACCCAUCACAGGUGAGAAGCAAUGUCAGACGAGUGACCUCCAGGCCGUCAACAUGCCCUCCCUGUCGUUUGUGUGCCAUUCAGGUCAUAGUGCUGACCGCUCUCGAAAGAGCAUGUCGGACGCGGCGUCUGCAUCGGCUGACGGCGGUAUUGAUACACAGGUGGGCCACCCUGUGUAUCAUGCACACGGCAGUGUCCAAUUCUCUCCGCUGUCGGAAUAUUCCAGGAUUGGCUCUACAUCCAGGAUUGCCCCGCCGGGCUCUGUGCGUUUCCGACAACCAACGACUUGAAGUUCCCGCCGCAGGUGCGCGCAGACAGACAGACAGACAGACAGACAGACAGACAGACAGACAGACACAGACAGACAGACAAGCCACACAUGAGGGAUAGUUUCUGGCGGGCAUACCAGCGCAUGUCGUGAUUUGUCGUUUCGAUCAGGAGGAGAUGUAUUUCGCGGGUGAUGACCACAACGAGUACGUCCCUCUGCGUGCUGGGGACAUCCUCCUCCUCGACCGCAAGAUCGGCUGUCUCUCGUACCUCAACAGAGUCCCGGAGGGCUACGACGCCCCCACGCAGCCCCAGGGCCUCCACUCUGCCAGAGGCAAGCCCAUCCCCUGCGUCCGCUUGCGCCCCCCCGGCUGGCCUCCGGGUGACUCUGCCUGGACCAAGAAGAUCGUGAUAGACCCGCAGGAGCUGCGCGGCCCUUCGGCCAUCCCCGGCCGCGCACCCACCCUCAACGAGCUCCCAGACGUGAACAGGAUGCUCGGCGAUGCACUGGAGCACGCAGUAGGUGGGGCGCUGCGGUCAGCGUUCAGCCACGAGCAGCUGACGGACAUCGCUCUGCUGGUGUGUGCCCGCGAUACGGUGGUGAAGGCCCACGCCAUCCUGACCGCCGAGGUGCCCCCCAUCUCUCCGCCCACCCUGCUACCCGAUGGACAUAUAUCUGAUUUUUUUGACUCGAGCAUGAGGCUGACCAGGGUAGGUUUCCAGUGGGUCCACACCGCAGCCGACGGCCAGGAGCAAGUGGUGGAGUCUUUCCCGUUCCGAAUGACGAAGGUGGAGGCCAGCAACAUGAACGCAUCCCUCACGGCCGCCCUCAUCACCCACACGCCCCCGCCCCCCACACCCAGCACAUCCGUCACCCCGCGCACCAUCAAGCUGCCCAUCCCCUGCAUCACAUUCACCACGUCGACGGCCAAGCGGGCGACCAACACGACAGGGAGAUCCGCGCACCUCACACCGACCACCCCUCAUUCGACGGGUCCAAGUGGGCAGUGGGAGGCGGAUAUGCUGUCGGCCCGUCUUGCUCCGUGGCGCCGGAGGCCCUUCUCCUGCGCCACAUAGCCCCCGCUGACCCAGCCACCAACAACCAGCGGCUCAACAGGUGGGGAUUCGCGGGCUUCUGCGGGGGCAGCUCCGUCUACGCUGUCGCUCUCGCCCUCCCUGCGUUGCUCGUGGGGGCGCAUCAGCAGUACAAGCAGCGCUCGCCAAGGGUCCGCUGGGCUCGCGAGCCAUCCAACACGCCGUCGUCGUCGAAUGCUGGGGAGGCACAGAGGCAGGAUGUGGGCGGCGUGGUGGCGCGCAUCGCUGCGUGCUACGACCUGGUGGAUGGAGAUUGCCAGGAUGAUGGCGAUAGCGACGAGAGCGACGGAGAGGAUGGUGACGAGCCGGAUGGGCCGGACGCACAGGGAGGAGGGCAGCCCAACGGAGAUGGGACGGUGUUUGAGGCCAUCGUGCGGUGCGUCAACGAGACCAGGGCGGCCUUUCGGCGGGCCGCCGAGGGCAAGUCCGUCGCCAUUCGCGAGACCGUCGAGAGCAUCUGCAAGAACCUGCUGUGUCUGCGCCCCGAGGACCGACCAGUGGACAAGCUGCUGCUGGUCAAGACGGACAUAGACCAGAGUUUGCAGACUCACUACAGCGUCACUCUUCGCUAGAGAUAGACGGAUGUGUACAUCGAUGCACACAGGGAGAUGUGUCGGUGCUCUGGGGGUGGGGCUGCCUGUGGCUGUGGCUCUGUGCAUGUGUGUACAGGGGCUGGCUGGCUGCCUGGCUGGCUCAUUGAUGGUAGUUUGGCUGGAACGAAUGGCCGCGUGUUCAUAUGUGGUCUGUACCACUCGAUGUUGACUGAAUGCGGACUCGUGGAUGGGUCAAUCUUUCAUGGGUCCAUCGCGGGAACAUCACUUGAAUCAAUC